UUCUGUUCCACUUCUUCUGUUUUCUUCUUUUAUCCUUUUUUUUCCUCUUUGUUUGGAACGUCUGUGUUUUAGGUUAGGAGUAGGAGAAGAGAAGAGAAGGAGACGAGAAUAAGAGUUUUUGCAGCGAGUGAGGGCUUCUGUUUCUACCAUUGCUUUUCUAUUUUAUUAUUUUGGUAUUUGGAAGAUUAGGAGAGCUCGUCAAGGAGAGAUGUCGCAGGACCUCAUGCAUACCCAGCCAGAGCCGCUUUCCAUUGAGGGCAUCUCGAGUCCCAUCCUGGACCGGAUCCUGGAGUUCUGCGGCAACGGCGGCGACCUCUUCCCUCCGGACCCCCAAUCCCUCCUUUCAUUUGACGACGCUGCUGCCACCUCCGCCGCCGCAGCCUUCUCCCCCCUCCCCUCCAUCGACACUGUCGCCCUCUCCGCCCUCCUCGACGAUCCACUGACUCCCGACCCCGAGCGCGACUUCCUUCCCACCGUCGAUUACACAUCCCCAUUGGACCCCUCCUCGAUGUUCCCGACCCCACCGCAGUACGUCGACCAACACCAGGUGGUGGACCCCUUCGACCACAUCGUGUUAACGGAUCCAAUCCCGAUUGGCGGAUACCCAGGCGACUCGUCGGAGUCCGUGGUGCCAAUCCAGAUAGGGCAGCAGCAACAGGCGGCGAUGUUCGUGGGAUUGGAAUCGGCGGUGCAGUCACCGUCGUGCGCGUUUCUGGAUGGGGGAGGGAUCGGGGCAUUGUACCAUCAGGCGGGGAUGGGAGGAGAAGGACAGGCGGGGUUCUUUAGCGCAGGAAUGAUGAUGAUGGGUUCCAGGCGGGAGGUGGUGGAGUACCAACGGAUGGUGGAGGGAGCGGGACAUGUUGGCAUCUACGGCCCGGAUUCCCUACAACGAGUCUACAGCUCCGAUAACAUGCAGCAGGUGAUUGGAGGAAACCAGCAUCUCGUGGAUUGGUGCGUUGGCAGCUCAACACAAUUGCCAGCAUCAGACAUCUCAGGAUUAGAAGAGUCCACCUUCAAAGUUGGUCGGCUCUCCAUGGAAGAGAGGAAGGAGAAGAUCCACAGAUACAUGAAGAAGAGGAAUGAAAGAAACUUCAGCAAAAAGAUCAAGUAUGCUUGUAGGAAAACUCUAGCAGACAGCCGGCCUCGUAUCCGAGGGCGAUUUGCAAAGAAUGAUGAGUUUGGAGAGGCAGCAAGACCCACCUCAAAUCAACAUGAGUUUGAUGAUGAAGAGGAAGUGGUGGUAAAGGAAGAAGAUAUAUUUGACUCCUCGGAUAUACUCGCUCACAUCAGUGGUGUGAAUUCCCUUAAAUACAACUACACUCUGGAGUCCUGGAUAUGAGUCAUAUGACCCAACAGAUGCUGGUGUUGGUUUUAUUGCUAUGUAUGGCCAUUCCCCGGUAGGUGCAAUCAUCAUCCCUUUCAAAUAAAUAGAAUGACAUGUGAAUCAUGGUCCCCAGUAGUGCUGUAUAUCACAAUUUCCAUGAUUGCAGAAAUAGCAAGACAUUUUCUUUC